AUGGACGCGGCGACGGACGCGGACGCGGAGCGCCCGCCGCCGAGCCAAGACGCGCAGGACGCGCGCGAUGAGGCCUCGGCGAAGGUGUACCUCGAAACUCACGUCACGAGCGUCCUGCACGACGCCCUGGUGGCGCUCAACGCCGCGCGCCCGGCGGACCCGCUCGCGUGGCUCGGCGAGUACCUCUUAAAAGAAUCCGCCGCGCGAAAGGCGAAAGCCGACGCCGCGUGA